AUGCUCAAGGGUCUAAUCAAGCGGGUUCAAGCUUCCAAAGCAAUAAUAGGCCUCCACAACAAUAAGGUCAGUAUCAAGGAAACCCAAACCAUGGGAACAAUUACGGUGGUAGACCACAACAUCCUCCCGGUUUCCAACAACCACGGAAUACGGAUGAGGGAAAUGUGCUUGCCAAGACCACAAGGGGGAUUGCCCUCUACAACGGAGAACAACCCAAGGGAGCACCUAAAAGCAAUAGAGCUUCGGAGUGGGCGGAACUUGGAAAAAGCCAAUGGUAAGAAGCAUGUGGUUGAGGAGGAUGAGCCUCAAGUGGUGAUUGAUGUUGCUAGCUCUAGUCAAGAGCCACCUAUUGUUUGUGAGGAGGUGGCUAUUGAGGUUGAAGAGCCUUAUGUGAGACCGCCACCGCCACCACCAUUUGUACCACCGGUCCCCUUGGCGGAUGCACUACGCGAGAUGCCACAAUAUGCCAAGUUCUUAAAGGAUAUCAUCACCAACAAAAGAAGUUGGGAUAGUGGCGCAACGGUUCCUAUUCCGAAAGUGUGUAGCUCCAUUAUUUUGAAUGAUUUACCGGCUAAGUUGAAGGACCCAGGGAGUUUCUCUAUACCUUGCACUAUAGGAAACAUGAGUUCUAUAAAUUGUCUAUGUGACCUUGGUGCUAGUAUUAAUCUUAUGCCUUUAACUCUUUUCAGGACACUUUGUGGAGAUCAAACCGUGAAAAGCACCUCGAUGGUACUCCAACUAGCGGAUCAUUCGUUGAAAAGGCUGUUUGGGAUCGUUGAGGAUGUGCUUGUCAAGGUAGAUAAAUUCAUCUUUCCGGUUGAUUUUGUUAUUUUGGACUAUGCGGUUGAUAAGGAGUGCCCAAUGAUCUUGGGGCGACCCUUCAUGAACACCGGAAGGGCUUUGAUUGAUGUGCAUGGUGGGAAAUUGACCUUGCGAAUCGAUGAGGAAACAGUUGAGUUUGACAUGAAGAAGGUCAUGAGGGGUACCAUCGAGGAGGAGGAUUGUAUGAGGGUCGAUUUCGUGGAUAAUCUUGUGACGGAUCAACUUGAAGAAAAUGUGGAAGCAAUGAGUAGGGGAAAUGUGCGAAAAAUUGAUGAUUUUGAGCUCCUAGACUCAUGUCUUGGUCGAGAAGCAAAAGACAGUGCAUGUCUUGGUCGAGAAGCAAGGUUUGAAAUUGCUUCGUGCAAAAAUGACCUUCAUGUCUCGACCAAGACAACCUCUUCUCGAUGA